AUGGAGCGCGGUCCUCGCUCCUCGUCAGGGGGCCCCGAUGGGGGCUUCUGCGCGCUGCACAGCAAGCGGCGCAGCAAAGCUGAUCUCAUGCCGUGGAGUCAGCAGCCAGGAAAGAUGCGCUGCCUGCUGCAGAAGGAGUGCCACGUGCGUAGCGAGAACCGGCGGGCUGGUGCCAGGGAGCAGGGCAGAGCCAGUGGUGGUGGCGGUGUCGACGUGCGUGAAAGAGACCGUAGAGGAGGAAUGGGGCGUGCCGGUAGUGGCCGCGAACGCGGCGGUCGCAGAGAGCGCGGGGACAGGAAUGAUCGCAGAGAACGUGGGGACAAAGGGGACACUGUCAUGUGCCGUCUUCACCGUCAACGCCGUUCCGCUCGGCAGAUGCGCGAGGUGGGGGCGGGCGUGUUUGAGUGCGCGGAAGGCAGCCGCUGUAAGCAAGCCGGCGAUAGGCGCAUUGGCGCCGCCGGUGGCCGCGGCGCUGAUGAUCGGGGCCGAUUCCGUGAGCAGCGAGGGCCGUCGUUUGUAGAACGUGGUGCAGGUUCUCGGCAGCGGCAGCGACGUGGCGAACGCGCGCCUCGCCCGACGCAGGACCAGCGCUACGAUGACGCGAAUGCGGCUGCGUGGGCACCAUCGGCAGGCGCCGGCGCAGGGGGUGGCGGUGCAGCUCGUCGUCGGACCGGCAAGGCGGAGCGCAAGGUGUGGUGUGCGCUGCAUGGCAAACACUUGCCCGCGAGCCAGUGCGAAUUCGUGCAAGACUGCUGCUAUGUCUGUCUUGACCCUAGCACCUGCUUGUCCACGCCACUAGAGGCACCGGCGAUGUUGCUCACACGCGGCUGCGCCGAGGUGCUCUGCAGCAAGCAUCACACCCUGCGCAGUGCUGGCUUUGUGGAGUUGACGGAGAAGCCUGUAGCGUACCAGUGCAUGCCCGGCCACGCAUGCCGCGGUGUGACGGUGCCGCACAUGGGCCAAGAUGCGCACGGCGCUGCUGCGGCUUCUGGGGGUGGCCCUGCCGCGAUGCCGUACGCGAUGGCGGACAUGGACGAUGACGAGGAGGUCUACAUGGGCGCGCGCGUGACCAACACCUUCCUGCCUCAGAGCGGCCGCGAAGCCGUCUCCUCCUUCUUUAUGUGA